AUGCCGCAAAAGAAAUUUUACCGCCAGAGGGCUCAUUCCAAUCCUUUAGCAGAUCAUACAUUCUCAGACCCUAUUUGUCCUGAUCAAAUGAACUGGCCAGCUCUGUACCCUACUUAUCAAGCGGAGAAGGGAGACUGUGUACAAUUCUUAGAUAUUGGUUGCGGAUAUGGCGGUUUACUCAUUACUCUAGCUCCGCUAUUUCCCGACACUUAUAUAAUGGGAAUGGAAAUUAGGGUAAAAGUUUCCGAUUAUGUCAAAGAAAGGAUUGCAGCGUUAAGAAUUAACAACCCUGGAAAGUACAAUAAUAUCGCCAUAGUAAGAACUAAUGCGAUGAAGUACUUACCAAACUAUUUCAAAAAGGGCCAGCUUAAGAAGCUAUUUUUCUUAUACCCUGACCCUCAUUUUAAGAAAACCAAACAUAAGCAAAGAAUAUUAAGGCAUGACAUAGAAUAUUUACUGCAAUUAAGAGGUUUAGUUUAUACUGUUACUGAUGUCGAAGAGGUUCAUAUAUGGAUGAAAUCCCAUCUAAACGAACACCCAUUAUUUGAAGAAGUAAAGCUAGAAUCAUUGUCACAUGACGCAAUUCUAAAAUUUCUUGGAGAUUGUACAGAAGAAGGUCAAAAGGUUACUAGAAACGAUGGAAAGAAAUUUACUGCAAUUUUCAAACGUGUUCAGAGCUCCUCCAUGGAUUAA